AUGGAAGAUGUACUUACAGAGCUUCCGCCCCCUUCAAGGUUCUUUCAGGAAGAUCUGGAUAACUUUGCAACUCCACCACUACCGCUUCAGUCUCCUUCCCUGCUGUUCUCUAGUCCUAAACCCGAUCAGCCUCUCCGCCCUUCUCUCCUUGUCAUUGCAUUAUCUUCCCCUUCUCUUUAUGUCUUGCACCAUAUAUCCUCGAAGACCCUAAUCGGUAGUCUCUUACUACCUGAGAUCCCUUUCUCAGGCAACUCAAUUGAGCCCUCGCUUGGUGACAAGUCUUGCAAUAUCUAUGCCCUCAAUGAGGCGGAGAAUUUGACACUCCUUGUCUUGGUUCAGUGCCCUGUCAGUGCCGAGAGAUCCAAUGCGGUUGCUAAGUUGCUUAUUGGUGAUCAAAUUAUUCCUGAGAGGGUUCUAAUAUUGGAUUCAGUUCAGAGCCAGAACUUCCGGGGUAAGCUCGCACCAGAUGAGACAUAUGUUUUCAAGCUAGAGACAUCAGCAGAGCGGAAAGGGCUGGAUGGCAAUGGUUGUGGAGGUUCAUCAUUACUGAAGGGUUUAGACUAUUUUCCUUCAGGCAGUGUGCUGGAUGGCUUGGCAGCUGCUCUGUUGGCCAGAUGUCAGAUGAGGAAAAUCAGAGGAACUCUUUGUGUUUCAUGGCCUCGGCAUGGUGUUCCUGUGGUGGCUAUGGUCAAGUCUCUGCUACAGAGGAACGUGCUGCAUGGCUUUGACUUGAGCUCAAUUGGAGAUGCCAAGGAUAAAUCUUCAAGGUUCACUUCAAUCAAGAAUUAUCCUUUUGAUUCCGAUAUGUAUACCUGA